AAAUAAUGUGGCAGGGUAAUGAAAAAGACGAUACUUCAUUGGACAGUAGUGAAAAACAAAAAGAGGAAAAGUUAUCGAGAGUAAUGUUAACAAUACUACAACUAUUAGCGGACGGAGCAAAUCCAAAAUUGGUGACGUGUCCACAUUCGGCUAUUUUUACCGCUAUCAUGUCAGGAUGCCCUAAUCUUAUCGAGCAUUUAGUUAAUUACGGAGCAGAUAUCAACGAAUUGUAUCCAAUGGUAUUUGGUUAUACUCCACUGGACUUAGCUGUAUCUAGGCCAUUGUCAUUCGAAAACCUAGAAAUGGUAAAAGUUGUUCUCAAAUGUGGUGGAUUGCCAAAUCACAGACUGAAUUAUGAAGAAACGACAUCGUUAAAUUCUCCAGAGAUAGAAUUGCAUGGUCCUAGUUUAUUACAUGCCGUAUUAGCUAAACAACCUGAAAACGAAGUGCAGGAGGAGAUCCAGCAUAGUUUAUUGGAGGUUUUAUUAGAUUAUGGUUGCAAUCCCAUCGUCCAAUUCAAAGGUCGUUCGGCAUUAGAGAUCGCAAUGACAAAAAAUAUGCGCUUACUAAACGUAUUCAUAGAAAAUCGAACUACAAAUCUAAACUCCAUCAUCAAUGACGGAAAUCAAAGCUUGCUAGUAAAAUUUUUUUCUAUGCCCUUCUUCAAAAACAUUGCAUCUGCAGACAGGGUUCAAACUCUGACCAAUUUACUUUUAUUCGGCGCUGAUCCAUUAUUAGAAUGUAGAAAUGGCGAAGAUAGAUUCCCUAAUAUAUUUGUGUUCGCUAAAAAAACGCUCACCGAUUUGGAAAAUAUACCAUCUAAGUCUCCUGCUACUAACAGUCCAAAUAAAGCUGAUUCUAAAAAGGUAAAAGAAGAUCCCAAAAAACCUAAAAAGGAACAGCUUUCUACUAAACCUUCGGGAAAAAUGAUCACUGACGACGUUGGAGAUUACAAACAAGCCAUAGAUUUGAUAGUCGAAUGCGCCCGGCUGCUACACGUACGGUGGUUACAGGCGAAGCUAACGAGGGAUCUCGUGGAAAUCAUUGUCAAUAAGACGAAGAUACUCGCUACUACAAAAUUAACAGCUGACGAAAAGUAUUCUAUAGAACUGACGGUGUGUCGUUUAUUGAAGGAGCGUAAAAUGACAUCAAAAUUGAAAGCAAGUGAAAUGAAGUGGAAAAGACCUUAUGUACAACCGGAACUAACACCGAAAACGGAGGAACUGAAAUUCAACGUAUGUUUUGAAUGCGCAUUGCCUUUCGACGAAGAAAAAAUUGAAUGCAUGUCUUGCAAGCUUGUCGCCUUCUGUUCUAUAGAAUGCAUAAAGACAAACAUUGGUAGAGCUAAUUGCCAUCCUUGUAGCGAAUAUAUAAAACGUAUUUAUUUUUCUACACCGUCUGAAAGUGAUAACUUAAAUUUUGAUAACGAUUACUUACUUUCGAAAUAA